AUGAUUCCCGAGAAACAUAUUCCAACAAAGGCCUUUGUGGUCGAAGCACCUCAUGCCCCGUUCGUUCUUCAAGAUGUUGUUUUGGAUGAGGUGCGGGAUAAUGAAGUCCUCGUCGAGAUGAAAUAUACUGGUCUUUGCCACACGGAUAUCGUAGUUCAAGAGGGUGGAAUCCCCCUUGGAGAUUAUCCAGCCGUCUUGGGCCACGAAGGUGCUGGUGUUGUGCGCCGAGUUGGCAGUGCUGUCAAGGAUAAGUCCUUGAAAGAAGGCGAUCAGGUUUUCCUUAGCUUUGCCUCUUGUGACAGUUGCAGCCCCUGCAAGGAUGGACACAAAGGAUUCUGUCGUGAUUUCACCGCGAUCAACUUCGGAGGUGUGCGUGGAUUAUCUGCCGCCGAUUCGCCUAUCUCUACCCCCGGAGGCCAGCCCAUCCGAGGACAGUUCUUCGGCCAAUCUUCAAUGAGCAAAUUGGCCAUUGUGAAUGAGGCUUCAGUCGUCAAGAGCGGGUCGGCGGUUAGUGAUGCAGACUUCGCUGCGCUGGCUCCACUGGGAUGUGGCUAUCUCACGGGCGCUGGUACCGUCUUGAACGUUCUGAAGCCCAAGUCCAACUCUCGAUUCGUUGUACUUGGGGUGGGCGCUGUCGGGUUAGCUGCGAUGAUGGCUGCUCGUGCUCUGGGUGUUGAGACUGUCGUCGCUGUCGAUAUUGUCGACGCGAAACUCGAGCUGGCUACUUCUCUUGGAGCUACGCACACGCUGAACACAAAGCGCAUCACUGAUCUUGCGGCGGGGCUGAAAGAGAUGUUCUCCGACGGCGUCGAUUACAUCCUUGAUACAACUGGUGUUGUGCCUCUACUUCAAUCAGCUAUCUCAGCCCUGGCCCAUGCAGGAACUCUGGUCUUUGUGGGUGUACCCCCGCCCACUGGCUCGCUUACCAUCAACCCGUUAGAAAUUAUGCUUGGUUGUAAGCGAUUGAUUGGAGCAGUUGAAGGAUCCUCGGAGCCGGCGAAGCUUCUCCCUCAACUCCUCGAAUGGUACAAGCAGGGCAAGUUCCCAGUCGACAAACUGGGUAAGGUUUACAAUACAGACUCGCUGGAUCAGGCGUUGGAGGAUUUGCACGCUGGCAAGAUUAUCAAGCCGAUUCUCAAAUGGGGAGAUCUGUGA